AUGAAACGGUCGGUGUCGAAGGUAUGGCUCAAUGAGGAUACUCCAAAUGAUCCGUACCCGCUUUAUGCGCCUUCUCCUUUGCCUCCGAAGCGGCCGGGGACUAUUCGCGUUUGGGUAGACGGCUGCUUUGAUAUGCUGCACUUCGGGCAUGCCAAUGCACUGCGGCAGGCGCGGUCGAUGGGUGAUGAACUAUUUGUUGGUUGCCAUACUGAUGAAGAGAUUAUUCGGCAUAAGGGGCCUCCGAGUAUGCGGCAGGAAGAACGAUAUGAGGCGUUGCGUGCCUGCAAGUGGGUAGACGCUGUCAUCGAGGGAUAUCCAUACGUCACGCGUGUGGAGGACAUGAAGAGGUUUGAAGUGGAUUUUGUUGUUCACGGUGAUGACAUUUCGGUGGACCUUAAUGGUCGCAACUCAUACCAAGCGAUUAUAGACGCUGGGAUGUUUAAAGCUGUGAGGCGGACGGAGUGUAUCUCCACCACAGAUCUCGUUGGCCGCAUGCUGCUUUGCGUGCCGAGUGAGCUGCUGAGCGAUGCAGAUAAGAAACUACUUGACAGUGAGGUCGCUAGAAAGCGGGGUCCGCACUAUCUGACAACCUCGAGGAAGAUAGCGCAGUUCAGUAACAAACUAGCGCCACCCGUUGGUGCAACAGUUGUGUAUGUGGAUGGCGCCUUUGAUCUUUUCCAUGCAGGGCACAUUCGCUUCCUCCAGAAAGCGCGCGCUCUGGGUGAUUACCUUAUUGUUGGUAUCCACGAUGACCAACUGGUUCGUGAGUCGAAGGGAGAGCAUUUCCCAAUCAUGAGUCUCAACGAGCGGGCGUUGGGCGUACUUUCGUGUAGGUACGUGGAUGAUGUUGUAUUUGGUGCCCCGAGGGGUGUAACUCAAGAAAUGAUCAAGAUACUCGAUAUCAAAAUUGUCGCAUGCGGUACGAGUUCAGAAACACGCAACUGCAAGGGAGCAUUUGAUGUUUACGAGGUUCCCAAGAGCCUCAAUCUAUUUAAGGUUGUGGAAUCGGGAAGUGAUUUGUCCACAGAUAUGAUUGUUGAACGUGUCGUAAAGAAUCACGUGGUUCUUCUGGAACGUCAGUUUUUGAAACACAUGAAAGACUCCGAAGCGGAGCUACGAAAGCCAGAUGUGUACAGAAAUGUCAGAGAGGUGUGA